AUGGAUCCAUCACCUCUUGUUGAAGAUGAACCAGGCACAUCGGAUCUGGACCUCACCUGGGAUGAUGAAUGUGUAUACUACCAUGAAGGAAGUGAUCUAUACACAGAAGACGUCGACGGUCAGACGGCGGUACUGCCGGAAGGGCCUGUGACGACGGAAGAUGUGAAGAUCGAGGACAUUCAGCUAUGUGGAUAUGGUAACCAGAUCCCAGAAGAAAUUGAUCGACUUCGCCAACGGAUCUGGAAGUUCCGACAUCUCUUGAUCGGUAAGGGAAAUGCCCUUCCGCCGGCGGCUAGAGGAGUGGUGUGCGAUAUCGAUGUUGGGGGAGCGAGACCUAUCGCCCUCAAAUGUCGUAAGUUGCGGAUCCAGUUUAGGGAGAAGCUGGCGGACUUGAUCGAGGGUCUAUUGUCGGUCAAGAUGAUCAACUACUCUAGAUCACCGUGGGCUUACCCGAUCGUGCUAAUCAUCAAGAAGAAUGGAGUGGAUAUCAGGCUAUGCAUCAAUUAUUGGUUGGUUAAUAGUCUAACUCAGCUGAUGGUCUAUCCAAUGCUCUUGAUCAACGACCUACUCGAAGAUCUGGAGUCGACACUUUGGUACUGCUCUUUGGAUAUGGCGAGUGGAUAUUGGGUGGUGAAAAUGACGGAUCGUGCUCGAUUGAUCUCGGCUUUUAUCACCACCUUUGGGUUAUUUGAAUGGAAUCGAAUCCCUUUUGGUUUGAAGAAGGCGCCCCAGAUCUAUCAACGUAUGAUCGACAACGCGCUAUAUGGAUUCACCCGGAUCCCGAAGUCUGAAGAUCACGGAAGUACUCUGGAUGUGUUUGAGGAUGGGGAACCGGUGGAUCCAGGCAAGCCAUCAGUGCUUGGUCGCAGAUCAUAUAUCGAUGACAUCCUGAUCCCCGCCAACAACAGGGAUCAACUAUGUGAUCGAGUCGAAGGUUUACUCGAAGCGUGUGAUGAGUGGAAUUUGUCAAUCAGUGUGGUUAAGAGUUUCUGGGGGAAUGCCUAA